AUGUCAUACGAAGAAGAGAACUUGAGUGGAUCUGAACAUGACUUUGGAGAUCUGUUUGGUUCUGAAGAUGAAGCAUCUGAUAUUGAUGACGGACGUUCUCCUUCACCUGUUCAACCACCAUUGCCUGUGAACAAUACACUUGAUAACUUGUUUGGUAGUGAUGACGAGUCUGAACAAGAAGAAGAAGAAGAACAACAACAACAACAACAACAACAAGAGGAAGAAGAAGAAGAAAAAGAGGAGGAUGAAAGACAGAUGAAGAGACAAAGAAGUACACGUAUAGCAUCUUCAGACGAUGAACACCAUGAUCAAGAUUAUGAUCAGCCUUCAAGUAGAAAACAACGCGUCGAAGUCGCGUUAGAAAUGCCUCAACUAUCAAUACCAUACAGCGAUAAUGAUAAAUAUUACCUUGCUAAAUUGCCCCGUUUCUUGGACAUUGAAAUGAAUCCAUUUGUGCCUGACGAAUUCCAGAUACAAGUACCCGAAGGAUUGACAGAAGCACAAGAACAAGAAGCCAUUCGUGAACAAAUUGAAAAUACGAUUCGUUGGAAGCGAGUACAAGGACAAGAUGGCAGAGAGUCUAUGACAUCCAAUGCUCAUUUGGUAGAAUGGGAAGAUGGUAAAUUAUCACUGAUGUUAGGUGAUGAAUGUUUUGAUGUCAGCAGUAAACCAGUGGGUGCACAUGAACAUGCUUAUCUAUUGGCCCAUCAAACAGAUUCAGGUGCUUUGGAGAGUCAAACUGAAUUCACCCAUCAUAUCACUUUCAGACCCAGUGGAUUGAAAAGUGACACCCACCGUCAUUUAACAGCACAAAUUGCAGAUAAACAGAUCAAGAAGAACAAGACCAAGAUGUUCUUUACUGAAAAGGACCCUGAAUUAAUGAAACAAGAACUGGAAACACAAGAAAAUGAAAGACUCAAGGCACAAAAGAAACUUGAAUUGCAGCGCAGAAAGGCAGAUAUGCGAUUUGGGGAUGUUUCUUUACGUCGUCAGCGUGAUUUUGGGGAAUAUGAGACAACAGAUUAUCAACGCACUCAGACCCAUAGUCGACAAGAUCGUUAUGAAGAUGAUUUUGUAGUGGAUGAUGAUGAUUAUGAUGAAGAGGAAGAAAGAUCAAGAGAAGAUAGAUUAGCACAAGUGAAGCAUACAGGCAUGGAUAGAUAUAAGCGUGCUCGACACAGUGAAGAGGAAGAGGAAGAGGAAGAAGAGGAAGAUGAAGAAGAGGAAGAUGAAGAAGUGGUUAUUCGAAGACAUAAGCGCAGUCGUAUGCUUAGUGAUGAAGACGACGAAUAA